AUGCUACGGACCAUAAAACCCAAGAAUGCUCGGUCAAAAAGAGUGCUGGACGCACGCCAACCGAAAGAGAUCGAGGACGCCCGGACAGUGGUCUUUGUGAAAGGGACACAUACGGGUGAGGUCCUGAAGUCUGUCUUCACAGAAUUGAUGUCGCUGAAGCGUCCCGAUGCAAUCGCCUUCAACAAAAAGAACGAAGUUCACCCAUUCGAUGCGACCUCCUCCUCUGCAACGUCGCUGGAGUUCUGGUCCGCUAAAAACGACGCCUCUAUGUUUGUCAUCGGACAGACAUCGAAGAAGAGACCUAACAACAUGACCUUCGUCCGGAUGUUCGAUGGAAAGGUGCUCGAUAUGACAGAAGUCGGCGUGGAAAGCUGGAAGGGAAUGACAGAAUUCAAAACACCGAAAUCAACGCCGGGCCACAAACCGUUAAUGCACUUCGCAUCAGAACUGUUCGACACCCACCCUCGGAUGGUUCAACUAAAAUCCAUGCUUAUCGAUCUCUUCAACGGUGAGGAGAUUGAAUCAAUAUGUCUCCCCGGUAUCGAGCAUGUCAUUAGCGUAUCCUGCGCUCCCACCCCUGCCUCUCUCAAUAAUGCGACCUCUGCCGCCUUCACGGGCCUGCCCACGCCUUCCAAAGAUGACGCUUCCUCUCUCCCCAAAGUUCACCUCCGAACAUACACUAUCAAACUAAAAUCCUCCGGCACACGGAUACCCCACGUCGAGCUCGUGCCGAUGGGUCCAUCGUUGGACCUUGUCCUACGGCGACACCAGCCCGCGGACCCGGAGCUGUGGAAGCAGGCGAUGAAGCGGCCUAAGUUGAAGAAGACGGAGGUGGAGAAGGGGCUGGGCAAGAAGAAGAAGAACAUGGAGGUGGACGACAUGGGCGACUUGAGGGGACAGAUCCAUGUGGGCAAGCAGGACUUGAGCAAGCUACAGACGAGGAAGAUGAAGGGGCUGAAGGCGGGUGUGGACGAGGUGCAGGUGGAUGGUGGUUCGGAGGAUCCGGAUGGGUUUGGGGAUGGGGCGAGGAAGAAGAGAAAACAGAUGUAA